AUGAAUGAUGCUGAUUAUUGUGACAGCAAGGCAAUCAGCAUUACACAAAGCGGAAGCCCUGAGGAGAAACUGGGACUCGCGUUCCAACUGUACGAUAUAGACGGCAACGGAACAAUUGAGGAAUCUGAAAUGACGGAAAUUAUUAAAGCCAUCUACAUGAUGGUUGGCGAAACUAACCCCGGCCCAGAGAACCAACCCGAUGUUCGGACAAGCGCCAUUUUCAAAAAAAUGGACCUCAACUCGGACCAUGUCCUCUCCAAGGAGGAAUUCAUCCGGGGGUGCAUGAACGAUGAGCAUCUGUACAAUCUUCUCGCUAGUUCGUCCAGUUAG